AGUAAGUUGAACUAAACGAUAUAAAUAAAUCUCCUGUUUUAUUAUUGUUUUUGUUAAGUAUUGCUAUAAAAGAAAGAUUAUUUAAAGUUAUCUAAAAAUCGAUAUCAUUUUAAUAUAUUACCAAGGUUUCUUUGUAUUAAAUUGAAUAUGUGAAAGGUGAAAUAGUGGGAAAUAACCUGAAUCAAGGCCAUUUGGUGUUCGGUCAUCCAUAUCUAUCAUUUUUUAAUAAAAGUUUUAAAUAUAAUGAAUGAAAUACUAUGAAGACGCGUCGUGUGUACUAAAUAAGGAACGAUAAAUAUUGACGUACAAGUUGUACAAAAUUAUGUAAACUAGUCCGUGUUUCGUCAACAAAAUUCGCUAAAUUUAAUAUAAACUAUUGUGUUUAUUAGUUAAUAAAGUGUUAUUGCUAAACAAGUGGUUACAAUUAUUAAAUCAACUCAAAUGUGGUACAAGAAGUGCCUGUAUGUUCUUAAAAAUCGUAGCAACAGUAAUUUGCAAAGCCCUAAUAUAUUUUCUUGGAUUUUUUAAAAUGGGAAAUAGGAACAGUGUAACUAACAAUAAAACAAUGGAUCCUUACAAGUUUAAAAUAUUUCAAUUCGAAAUUGUUAAACCUAACAGAAGCAAUGGUAUACCUUUGCCAAGAAGUGGACAUAGGAUUGUAUCUGACUCUGCCAAUUUAUACUCUUUUGGAGGAUAUAAUCCUCUGAUACUCAACGAGGAAGGCUCAAGAGAUGAAGAUGAUUUUGCUGUGAAUUCAUAUCCAUUAUUUCAAGAACUUUGGAAAUUUAAUUUUGCUUCCAAAAAUUGGAAACGGUACAACAGUCGUCAAACUUUACCUCAGGAACUUGCCUCCAAUGCAGUUAUACGUGAAGGAAAUUUUUUGAUGGUAUAUUCAUGUGUCUUUGGGGGCACUGGUUCUCCUUUUGGCUAUCGCUGUAGCAAUCAACUCUACAUAUGCCGCCUGAAUGAUGAAACAGGGGAAAUGUUUGAAGUAACUACAACAGGACAACUUCCACUGCCUCAAUAUGGUCAAGCCCUACUUCAUCAUAACAAUUAUCUGUACACUAUUGGGGGAACUACUGGAUUCUCUUAUACUUGUGAUAUCCAUAGGCUACACAUAGGCAAGAAAGUGUGGGAAAAUAUUUACAUUUGCCAAGGACAGUCUGAUUUGGAACCAGUUGGUAGAUAUCGUCACGAAAUUGCCUUUGAUGGCAAGAAUAUAUACAUUUUAGGCGGUGGAACAGCAGAUGAGGCUUUUGAUUUUUAUGAAAUCCCUGUCUUUAACAUAGAGACUAGACAGUGGCAAAAAAUUAGGACUAAACGAGACCCACAGACUAGGGCUCAUUCCCCUUAUCGCUACGUGGGGGUGCCAUUACCUCGAAGGUGCCACGGGGCAGUUCAAAUUCAAACCGAAAAUGAUAUUCACGUGUUCGUUACGGGGGGUUACGACGGUGAUUUGGUGUUCGACGACCUGUGGCGUCUUGAAUUGUCAACGAUGCAGUGGCGUCUAAUUGAGAGAUGCACGUUACCGUGGCCUACGUAUUUUCAUAGCGCGAGUGUGACACCCGAGGGUAAGUUGUACGUGUUCGGAGGCAUUUACGCCGAUGAAAAUAUUCGGAGAAAUAACGACAUUGUGUCCACAUGGCUGUGUAUACCGAAAUUGAGCGAGAUGUGUUGGGAGGCGCUCUUACAUUACUAUCCGAAAAUCGUCAAUUGUCCGAAAAAUAAACUUAUCAACGCUGGAUUGCCACGGCAUUUCGUGCAGCGCCUUGAAUAAGAAAAUUAACAUUAACAUUUUGGAAUUUUCGUAGAAAAUCGAGAAGUGGAAGGUUACUAUCAAUAUUUUGUGAUUGCAAGUGAUGGAGGAUAAUUACAUACCAAAAUCCGGCGUAGAUUUUUUUGUUGGAUCAAAUCUCCUACAUAGAAAAGUUUAUUCGACAGAUAUUAUUUUAAAAUGACCCCUCCUCUAAUUAAAAAUUAUUGUUUUCUUUCGUUUUCAAUUUUAUUAAAUGAGUGUUAGAAUCGCUUAGUAAUGGCUUUGUAUUGAACCAAAAAGUUUUGGAAAUUUUAUAAAAUAGUUAUACGAUUAAAAGGAACAUAAUUGUCGAAAUAAAAUCAGCUUUAUAUCCGAAAGUAGUUGUCUACCAUGUAAAUAUUGUGAUUGGAGUUUUGUAAAUAAAUAUCUAAUAUGGGUGCGACAAAACAGUAAGAAAUAAAGUAGUAGCAUGUUGAUUAAUUUUCAAAAAAUGGUAUAUAUUACAAUAGCAGUUUUACUUUAAUAAUGUGUCAAAUUGGUGAUUGUUGCUGUGAUAAAUUUUAAUUCAACGUAAUUUUUUGUACUAUUAAUUCGCACUUCACUAUUGUCACAAUUAGAGCCUGUAAAACAGGCCAUUUUUCGGUCAUAAUAUAUCUUGCUUGCUUAGCUUUAAUAUGAAAAACUGUGAAAACUGCUUAAUUGGAAAGUAUAUGAAGUUUCAGUAAAAAAUCUCUUAUUAAUAAGAAAUCGUAAACACAGCUAUAAAAUUAAAAACAACCAUACAGUUGCUGUUUUCUUUUAAAUUUGACUGAAAAUAUUUCCAAAAAGAUUACUUGCUUGUAUCUAUUAUAGAUGUCAGUUGUAUUAUGCUUUUCUUUUAAGACACUAGUUGGGCAAACCUAAGAUAACUGUUACUGGAACUAGAACUCAUAUUUUUUAUGCAAAUUAUUAAUACUAACCAUUUUAUUCCUAAAUAGACCAAAAGUUGUAAAAAAAGUGUAUUGAAUAUUAUUUUUCCUUGUCAAUAGUCCAACCUUUAAUUUAAUUGCUUUAGGAAUAAGAGUGUUAGCAUAGUAACUUACACAAAAAAUAUGAGACUUUCAACCACACGGUAGAUUACCCAUGUUAGUAUAGCUAGGACCUUUUUUUUUAACUAUCCACAUAUAAAAGAAUAAAAACCUUUUCGUGCCUUGAGUACAGGUUGAAUGAUAAAAUAGCUGUCUAAUAUAAUUUCACAUUUCAUGUGAUUAAAAAAUGUUCUAUCUAUAUCAAAUGAUAACAAGAUGUACAAUUAAACGCGAAUUUUAAGUUAAAAUUAAUAUUUAUUUGAAUUUGAAUUAUAAAUAAAUACGUUUUUAUGUG